AUGGAUAACAAAUUCAUUUUCAAAUAUAGUUGGGAGACUUUACCCAAGAAAUGGUUAAAAAAAAUGGAAAGAUCGGAACAUGGGAAUAGAUCUGAUACCAAUACGGACUACCCAUUUCAAUUGUUGUGCUUUCUGAAAUUGCAUACCUAUACAAGGGUUCAAGUUUCGAUCGAUAUUUGCGGAGUUGAUCAUCCCUCUCGAAAACGAAGAUUUGAAGUGGUCUAUAAUUUACUGAGUACUCGGUAUAACUCACGCAUUCGUGUACAAACCAGUGCAGACGAAGUAACACGAAUAUCUCCGGUAGUCAGUCUAUUUCCAUCAGCCGGCCGGUGGGAGCGAGAAGUUUCGGAUCGAAUUGCAAAAUGGAAAGAUUUGUACAAGUUAGACCUUUCGUCACCACUUUGUGGAAAAUCGUUAGGUAUGAAUAUGUUAGAUACCUGUGACUCGAUUGGUGAAAUAGUAUCUCUCUCCAAAAAAGCGUAUUUUUUUUUACCGCCGCACAAAGAAAAUAUUUUGUUGCGAAUGAACAAGAUAUUGAGGAAUUGUCCAUAUGUAAAAUCAGAAUUAUUGAUACGGGCCCUUUCCACAUAA